CUUCCUUUGCAUUAUCACAGGCGCGCGGAGCUCCCGGACUAUCAUCUAUAGGGUUUACAGGCGCGUGCGUGCACGCGCAAAAUAACGGGGGAAAAGUGCAAAAAGAGUCUUAGUGCGCGUUAAUGUGCGCGAGUAGUUGGUGCACGUUUGUCUAGAAAAGCCAAUGGGAUGAAGAACUGAUAAUAGAUGCAAAUUAUCCCUGAAACCGACACACACACACACACACACACAACCACACACACCGGAGCCGCGAGGGGAGAGUAGAGAGGGAGAGUGAGCGCGCACAACAGAGAGAGCCAGUGGGGGAGAGAGAGAGAGGGAGAGAGAGAGGGAGAAAAAAUAUGAAACAACUCAUUUGCAGAGGAGUAAAUCACGGAAAACCCGUUUGAGAGCGCGACAGGGCUCCCGCUUACAGCGCGAACACCGGAAUUGUGAUGCGCACGAGCCCUUCCUCCUCCUCCGCUUCACUCUCUUCUUCUUCUUCCCCUCCUUCUUCUUCUUUUUCUUCUUCCUCGCUGGAGAUUUUAUGGAAUCGGUGUGAUUGUUGUUGUUGUUGUUGUUGUGGCGGUGGUUUCUGCUCUGGCCGGCUGCCGUCACCGUUACUCACACCGAGACCGGCUGGUGUGUUGUGGCCGUGAGGGGGGAAACACCACAACAACGGUCACCGACAACCGGCGGCAGACCUGCCUCACUCUCCCUCCCCUCCGCUCCGCUCCGCUCCUCUGUCUGUGUGUCUCUGCUUCACACCGCACGACAGAAGCAGCAGAAAAAAAGAAAAAGAAAACACAACCGAAAGCCGCCGGUCGCCUCCUGCAGCCCCACUCCGACUCUACCGAGCCGAACACAAACUAAAAACAACACAAAAGAUGAGUUCAUAUUUCGUCAACUCGCUCUUCUCCAAAUAUAAAAGCGGGGACUCGUUACGCCCGAACUACUACGAGUGCGGUUUCGCGCAGGACCUGGCCGGCAGCCGGCCCACCGUGGUGUACGGCCCGGGCUCCGGCGCCACCUUCCAGCACGCUCCGCAGAUCCAGGACUUCUACCACCACAGCGCCUCCACGCUGCCCAGCAACCCGUACCAGCAGAGCCCCUGCGCGGUCACAUGCCACGGCGAACCGGGAAACUUCUAUGGAUACGACGCCCUGCAGCGGCAGACGCUGUUCGGGGCCCAGGACGCGGAUCUGGUCCAGUACAGCGACUGUAAGCUCGGAGGCGCGCCGGGACUCGGCGGCGAGGACGCGGAGGGGACCGAGCAGAGCCCCUCGCCGACGCAGCUCUUCCCCUGGAUGAGGCCGCAAGUAGCUGCGGGCAGGAGGCGGGGCCGACAGACCUACAGCCGCUACCAGACCCUGGAGCUGGAGAAGGAGUUCCUGUUCAACCCGUACCUGACCCGAAAACGCCGCAUCGAGGUGUCGCACGCGCUGGCGCUGACGGAGCGGCAGGUGAAGAUCUGGUUCCAGAACCGCCGCAUGAAGUGGAAGAAGGAGAACAACAAGGACAAGUUCCCGAGCAGCAAGAGCGAGCAGGAGGCGGUGGAGAGGGAGAGGAGGGAGAAGGAGCUGCGGGACGGCGGCAGUGGAGGCAGCGGCGGAGGCGGCGAUGGAGAAGGAGGUGGAGGAGGAGGCACGGUGGCGGUGGCGGGCACGGCGGGGUCACAGGCCUCCGUGAACGAGGAUUGCUGCGAGAAAACCCACAAGCAAAUGUAGGGAGGAGAAUUAAAAAAAAAAAAAAGAAUAAGGAGCAGGGUGAGGGGGAGAGAGAGUGAAGGGGGAGAGGUUUGGGUGUGUGUAAAUGCUGGACAGGAUGGGGUGAGGGUGGGUGAGGGGAGGGUGGGUGAGGGACUGUUUUUGUCUUAACUGAGGCCAUUGGACUGCCCCGCUGUCUCCACUGUUUCAAUCCAUGGAAGGGAACUCGGGUCUCCAAAAUGCGCAAAACAAGAAAAACGGCGAGCUGGACGGACUGGAGGGGCCUCGCGCCUCUGUCUGAAAAAAACAACAGAAUCUCUGGAAAAAAAUCAAAAAUUGACGAGGGUGGGGGUGAAUCAAUCCAACAAACAUAGUCUACACUAGUGUUUAAAACAAGCAAAAAAAAAAAAAGAAAAAAGAAAAUGAUAGCUUCCUUUCUUUGUGGAACAAUUAUCGUGGAAACAUUUCUAUAUUGUUAGAAGUUUAUCAUUAACAAUUUUAUCUUUGGCAGCUGUAUAGUUUUUAAGUUAAAAUGAUGAUGAUGGUGCACUUUUUACUGUACUUCUCACUUCUAUGUUGUUGUUGUUAUGGCAAUGAUUGAUGAUGAUGAUGAUGACGUAGCAAUUAAUGAAAUUUCCAACAACAUGAAACUGCCUAUUUAUGCCGUUUUAGUAGGUCGGAUCUCUUUUUUACACACUCUAAUUGUCGUUUUAGUUCGUUUUUUGAUCGAUGGUGUUUGUUUUAUGUUGUCUUCCUUUUUCUCUUUUUGGGUAAAAAGCAUGCGCACAGUGCAGAUUAAAAAAAGAGAGAGAACAUUCAUAAAAAUAAAAACGAGGAAAAAAUGUAAUAAAACUGCGUCUUUUUCUGCCGUUAA